UCAUGCAAGCAUAUGAUCUCACGGUCCCUGCCACAGCUUUGCUCCUUCUGGAGGACCUGGAGGAGGAGGAGAAGGUCCUCCUCCACGACCACUCUACCCAGCUUGUCCGCCUUGACUGCCACUACUCAGGCCGAGGAUGAACUGGGCGUGGAUGUGUCGUCUCCCAGCGGCGAUUUGCUACUCCAUUUUCUCAAGAGCGGUGGGGGCGACGAGCAGCUGAGGAGCAGUAGCAGCUACAAGACCCAGCAGUCGCAGCUCACGGUCCCUGCCACAGCUUUGUUCCUUCUGGAGGACCUGGAGGAGGACCACUCUACGUCCCAGCAAUAAGAUUUGGUGGGUGGUCACCUCACUUCCAGCAGCACCAAGACCCACUUUUCCCUUCGGAUCCAUUCUUGGUCCUCUUCCAGUCGAGAGACCGUUCCGUAUCCUUUUCCAAACGCUCCGACUUUCCAGCCUGCUGCUAAUGUGGUUCAUCCGCCGCAUUCCUCUGGGGAGCUUAAAGCUCGUCCUGGCCUUCACUUCGAGUCUCCGGUGUUUGGACCCAGCGCAGCAGAGACCUCGGACUCCAAACGCGCCCCAGAGCAGCCGAGGAGAUCGGUUACACCUGCGAAGGAUGACAAGCAACAAUUCCACGGCAAUGGUUCCGAGCUCCUUCAGUUGUUACAGGGUGGUCCUGGUCGUGUGAAGCCCACAGCCUCCACAAAGGUGGAUGCUACACAGGACAGUGGAGAUUCUGGAGAGCCAUCAAAGAAAGGAAGUCCAUCUGCUGUUCACGGCCCCAUAGGACCGCCGAGGCGUCAUGUCGUUUCUCCUCCGCAGAGUCCAAAUGACCUCCUUGGACGUUUGUGGGCUGCUCUUCCGUCGUCAGGCCACACUUUGUUUGACGGAGAAAGCAAACGCAAGACGUCAGCCCGGAGCUUUGGCGUUGAAGUGAACGAGGUGUCCCGGGAAGUCGAUGGCGGUGGAGCUGCUGGUUUCGCACUUUUGAAGCGAAGGGGAUCGGAGCCUGCCGCCUCGCACUGCCUUUAAACGGCUACGCCUAUAACGACUCUAAGACAAAUGAUAAGCCAAGGACAAACUCAGCAUCCGGAAGACUACAGGACUAUCGUGGGAGAUACGUAAAUGGAGAGGCCGAAGUUGAGCCCGGAGGCGAUGACUUUAGAGGUGCGGGAAGGCGUCGAGGUACCGGUCGUGCGGUGGUCGGGGUGCUGUUGGCCAGUGGAUUGCGGUAAAUGAGAGGCGAUAUCUUCAAACGGGACUUAGUCGAAUGCUAGGAGAAAACAUCAACAGGAAUGGAUGAUAAAACAGGCUGACUCAAAGGCAGCAUUUCCAGUGGAGAAAAAACCGGACUACAAGGUUCCAAAGGCACGGUCUUUGGCAUCUCAACUUGAACGUCCAGGCUUGCCAUCGGGAAGUACGCAAAACUCUUCCGUUGGUGCGGCUUUUGAGGAGUCCAAACAGAGGCUCCAUAAUCUAGAUGCUUUGGAAGAAGAAGGCGUGACGACCUCUCUAGAACUCGAGGAGCUACAAAUUGACGGUCACCGUCGUGAGGGUAAAGCUCCACAGUUUUACAAGGAGAACCGUUUCAGGGAGUCCAGACGCGUCAUUCCCCUACGACGAGCUUAUACCAACCGAAGAAGGGGAGGUCCGGAGAAGGAAGUUCUUCUCGAAGCUUGAGUCCCUUUUCGAGAAGAGCUCCCGGGAACACGGCUCUUGUUUCUUCUUGUGAUGUUUCAAGCUCACAUUUAACUUCUGGCAGCAGCUAUCUUCCAGACACGAUCGACAUUACAAAUAACAAUUGAUCUACUACUACUGUCCCUCUAUCCAUAAGUGUUUUCGUUUUCAUUUUAUAUGUUUUUUUUUAAUUUCUUUUUAUUUUUACUCUCUC